AUGGCCAAGUCUGUGCAAGAUUUGGCCGCGGCCAUGGAAAUUCUUCUCAACCUGGAGGCUCGCGAAAAGCUUCCCGCUAAAGGAUAUCAGGCGUUCUGCGGGACGUCGUUUGAAGGACUGAGACUCGGCUUUCUUGGUCCCAGCCUCUGGCGUUUCCCGCCAGAUCUUUGGGUUCCAAGUCUUGAAGCUAAGGAGCAGCAUGACACAGUGUACCACGAAUCAAGAAACAGGAUGCAAGCUCUCGGCGCAACGGUGGUUUAUCCCGUCAAAUUGCCACAACCAAGCGAGUUGAAUAACGGAGGCGACUAUACGCAGUACAUUGUGAAUUGCACGUUUGAGCAUGAAGAGACCGCAAACGAGUUCUUCGAUGAGUAUGUUGAACAGGGGUCUCAGGUUCAGAGCCUCGCCAGCAUCGUCGAAUUCAACACGAAACAUGCUGCAGAGUGUUUGCCAAAGGAUGCACCUGAUCAAUCAUGGCUUGUGAAGGCCGUUGAAGAUCGACCAUCCGAUGAACAGUACCGCGACGCUUUUGAACACAUGAGCACCAUUGGUAGGGACCAAGGACUUCGCAAAACCUUGGACGAGCACAACCUUGACCUUGUGAUUGCGCCAAUGGACAGUCCAGUGUGCUCUCUCAGUUUUGCUUCCGGUUAUCCUCUUGCCAAUAUUCCUCUCGGCCGUUAUCGUCUGAAAGGCGAGCUCAGUCGCCCUUUUGGACUUGCCGCCUUGGCCCGGCCAGGGGCUGAAAGGACACUUUUUCGAUUCAUGAGUGCUUACAAGGCGAACUUCCCACCCCGGGUCAUUCCAGAGCAAUUGCUCCGUGCCUCCGAUAUCUAA